AUAAUAGCUCUCUCAUCAAUGAAUGAUAUAUGCCAAGCAAGGCCCCUAUGUAACAAUUUGAUUCAGUUUCGUACAAGAAAUGGUGGUACGGACCCAUUAGUCCAUUACCUAUUACCCUCUAGAACAAAAAAGGAAAAAUUAUGAAGGAUUGGAAAAAAUUGUGUGGCAUUAAAUAAAAAAGGUGGUGUAGUGUGUGAAUGUGACAAGAACAGAGGGAUCCGAGUGGGUCUGAGCACAUGGAGUCCCAUAUGCCCAACACAACCAAAUCUCUCAUACAAUCCCAAUGACCCAAUCCGCCGAUUGGUUUCCUUCUUGGAAACACCACCACCUCCCAUAUGCCCAACACAACCAGAUUGCAAUUGAUGCUGCUAGGGGCCUUCAAUACAUACAUGAGCACACAAAAACUCAUUAUGUUCACCCUGAUAUGAAGACAAGUUACAUUUUACUUGAUGCUUCCUUUAGAGCAAAAAUUUCAGAUUUUGGGUUAGCGAAAGUUGUUGGGAAAGCAAAUAAGGGAGAAAUUUCAACUACCAAAGUUGUUGGUACAUAUGGGUAUCUUGCUCCGGAAUAUUUGAGUGAUGGUCUUGCUACCACUAAAAGUGAUGUCUACGUAUUUGGUGUUGUCCUUUUUUGAGAUCAUAUCAGGAAAAAAGGCCAUCAUCCGAUCAGAAGGCACAAUGUCAAAAAAUGUUGAUAGACGUUCACUGGCAUCCAUAGUAAGUUUAUAAGCCAUUGUUUUGAAUAACAGUUCUACAAGCAUAUAGUUCUGCCUUGCCUUUUCAUGAAAAAUAUUGUAAGGGCUUCAAUAACUUUAGCAGUCAUUCUUGAUGAUAAUCCCAUAAUAUUUUCCCUAAUAUUUAAUAUUGAGAAUUUCAGUAGGACUGGAAAUAACUAAAUAGAGGGCAGAGACUUGUGUUGAAUUUCAUAUGAGCCAUGUGGCAAUAGAUGAAUAUGGGGCCUUCAAGGAUCAAUAGUCUAAGUGUAUGAUUUCUUUCCUAAUCUGUCAUUUGGGCAUAUUGUGAUUUUUGUUGUUGUUGCUCCAUAUACAAAAGGUGAGAUGGGAGGCGAUAGCCAAUGAAUCCAACUAGGUCAAAGCAAUGUGGAAGAAGUUCAGAAAUUGGGAUUUGGUAGAAAUUGGGAUUAAGGGAAUUGUUCAGACAAAUGACGAGAAAAAGGGAAGUGCAAAUGAAGGAUAUUUUGGGGGGAAGUCAUAAAAGGGAGUGAAUCAGUAAUGAAGGGGAGUGUAUAUAGAUUUUCCCUUUUUUUAAAUAAGCUCAUACUAGUACUUUGUAUAGAUAUUUUGAGGACUGAUGGGCUUUGUUGGCGUUUGGGCCUGGUUCUGCUUUAUUGAUUAAGUGGCCUGUGGCUGUAAUGUAAUAUAAUUUUCUGAGGUUUCUGUUUAGAUAUUGAAUUAGGAUGGUAAAGGACCAAAGGAAAUGACUCCAACUCAUAUAUCUGGUGUAAUGUAAUAUAAAAUGGUCAGAGCAUGUAGUCUUUCUAGUAUUGACUCAAUAAUGACUCCAACUCAUAUAUCUGGUUUAGACCAUGCAUGUAGAAUUGUUCAGAGCUCUCAGGUGGUUGCUCCCAAAGCUGAGCACGUAUAUGAUUUUAAAUUAUCUAGUGUUAGUGCAGAACUAGUGUCUGUUAUAGUGGUGAUAUCAGGAAAGCUGGAUUAUGAACAUACUAUACAAUUUAAUUAUGUUUCAGAGUAGGACUGUAGGAGUUACCAAAUCCUAGUUGGUGUAAUACAUGAUAUUUAAUACCAUGGGUGUGUGAAUGAGCAGAAAGGAUUUGUAUGAUUGCUUUUGGGCAAACAUAUGAAAUGGUUUGUAUGGAGAAAUUGUUCAGUAAUGGGCACAACAACUAUCCAAAUUCAAAAUCUGUAAAUAGUGUCAGCUCUUGCAAGUUGAAGGGUAUCCAGGUGGUUCCUUUGGAAGAGAGCAGUAUCUCAGAGGAACUUGUGGUAAAAGGAACUGAAAGUGUGUCUGUACAAGAGGAAGACACUGAGCAGUAUUUUAGUAAUAUCAAUUUUGUAAUCCUUCGCUUUCCUCUUUGUAAUAUCAAUUUUGUAAUCUUUCGCUUUCCUCUUUGUAAUAUCAAUUUUUUCAAGUGGUAGUGUUCCUUACAUUUUUUUCUAGUUAACUGUGAAUUAUGUCUUAGAACAGAGGCUUCAGCUACAACUACCAGUUAGUAUAGUGCAAAUUCGUCCUACU